AUGCGAGCUUUUAUGCGUGCCAUUGGACUCGGCGGCUUCUGCCGUCACCCUGCUGCUACUGCUGCGUCGAGGACAUCCGCAACGCCAGCAGCAGCAGCUCGAGGGCAUCGAGUCAAGACCCUCAAGAGGAAGAAAAAGACGGGAAACCGCUCGGGAGCUUCCGGAGCUCGUUGCAGCACUCGCUUCAGCUCAACUGUCGAGCGCUCGCAGUUCCUUCUCUUCUGUGGGAGUGACACGUCGACAUCGCCAGCGGAGUUGGUCUCGUCGGAUGGAACGACUUUGGCGUCUCGGUUUGCACGGCUGAACGCUCCUGGCACUGCUGCAGCCCAACCAGUGAUCAACCGGCACAUGCCCGUGUUUUUCAUGCCACCGGUUGUCGCCGAGCUACCGUCAAGCUGUCGACGAUUGUGA